AUGGAGAUGGUUGGCGGAAUGACGCUGAAGGUGCUGGUGGAUGCGAUGCUCGCGAAUCCGGAUGGUUACUACGGGUCGUUCGCGACGCCUGCUUUUGAGUUGGGUGCGGCGCGGGGGCAGUUUCAGUCGGACCCGCUUCCGCCGCUGAAGGACAAGAAGGGCGGGAAGGAUGGAGGGAAGAAUGGUGGCGGGAAGGAUGGCGGGAAGAAUGGCGGAGGCAAGACUGAUGGCAAUCGGUUCGGCACUCUUGUCGGUGCAGUCGCAGCGCGAGUCAACAGCUCUAAUGUUGACCUCAGCGCUGACGUCAACGCCACGGGCUGCAUUGACCUCGCCAUCUUUCUAAACGCCACGACUAACGACUAUGACAUUUAUUAUCACGCCCGCGUGAGUCUCAAUGACUCCGGAGAGCCGACUGGUGUCGUCAUCAAGAAGGGCGCUGACGUGGCACUCACCGUGACCACCAGCGACGCCAAGUGGACCAAUCGCACGCUCUCAAACGCCGAGCGCGCCAAGCUGGGCGGCAAACUAACUCCCAAGGGCAGGAAGGGCAAGCAGCCGCCUCCCCCCCCCCCCUCCCCUCGGUUACAACUACGAAACCACCGGCACUUGGCUAAGCACCAGUACUGUGACUGCGGAUAA